AUGAACCACUCAUUUGAAAUCAACACAGAAUUUUUAUCUAAAUUUAAAGCCACAGAAGAGGCUGUCAUAGGCAUCGGGUCCACGGCUAAAGUCGUACUGGCAACAUCAGUCGACGAGCCUGACGUUAAGUUCGCUGUUAAAAAAUUCACCCUGUACAAAGUUAACGCCGCUGGGAAGAGGGUCAGUGAGGAUUCCAUCGUUGCUAGAAACUUCUACAAGGAGGUUGAGAUCAUGAAGCGGCUGAAGAACCCCAGUGUGAUACAGCUUGUUGCCACGGUAACGACCCAUAAGUACCUUGCCAUUGUGAUGCCUUAUUGCAGGAAGGGCGCUUUGAGUGUUUUGCUGCCCUCGUUGACUGAUGUUCAACAGACGAGGUUCUCUAUACAGCUCACAGAGGCCGUGAAAUACCUCCACACCAAGAACGUCAUCCACGGGGACAUCAAGCCCCCCAACGUCCUGGUAGACGGGCACGACCACGCCCUUCUCGCAGACUUCGGGCUGUCCCGGGUGGUGCCAAACAAGAUGGUGGAGCUGGUGGUGGAUUAUGGGACACGGUCCUUCAGGGCGCCAGAGACUUUUCGCCAGCUGAGAGUCAAUCCCUUUAAGGCGGAUGUGUACUCCCUGGGUGUGACGUUAUGGUCCAUUGCACUUAAGAAAACGGCUUUUUUCUGGAUAGACUACAAAGAGGAGAUUACUAAGGCCACUCUUGUACCUAUCAGAUUGAGGAAAGUUGUGUUGUUACUCCUGCAAGAGGACCCAAACAAGCGCCCCAGUGCCACUGAUAUUCUGCUUGAUUUAUAA